GAUAUACGUCUCAUGUUGAGCGCUCGGUUAUACUCUUGUAAGUCUUUAACGUGGAAGCGAUAAUCAAGUUUUUGAAUAUCUAAAACAAAAAAACGUACAAAUUAAUCGAUUUAGUUUCGUAGGAUGGGCAGGAUCAAAGCUCAAAUUUGGAGUAAAUGGCAAGGAAGACUAUAUUAAUCUUAUAUCAACCGAAGAAUGGCCUACUAGCAUAAUGAAUAUACCAAUAACAAUCGAAAAACCGAAGCUUAUUCCCAAUUGUUUUGCAUUAGUCAUCAAAUACGUACCACGCGGUAUGGAUUAUGAAUUUGUAAAAGAAGAAAUAUCACGAUCAAUCGCAUCAAUCGUAAAUCUAAAGAGGAUUCAUUAUUCAUAUAAUCGAAAAACAGAUGAUUAUCGCUUCCACGUUAAAGACUUACAAGAGUAUAACCGAGCGCUCAACAUGAGACGUAUAUCUAUUGGCAAUGUUAUGAUAUCAAUUACACGAUUUUUAGAAAGCAACAAAUUAACGUACUGUAAUCGCUGCUGGUGUUUAGGACAUAUGAGAAAUAAAUGUCUAGCUACAACGGCUCGCUGCCGAAUAUGUCUACAAGAAAUUACUGAUAUUCAAAAACAUAACUGCUCUCAACAGCCAAUAUGUGUUCAAUGUGAUGGUAAUCACCAUUCACUUAGUAGUCAAUGUGAACCUAUAAAAGCAUAUAAAAUACAACUAAAAGAAGAAGUCGAUAACGCACUCGCGCGUGUUGUAAUACAAAGAUCAGAACCAACUAAACAAGUAUCAAUUUUCAAUCCAGACGACUUUCCGCCUCUGUCUCAUCCCAAUCGAAAUAACAUACCGGUCUGGGGAUCAAAAAAAUUACCAAAGCAUCAAACAACAGCUGAAUAUACAGAGACAACAGGUGUCCUUACAGCACUAAAUAAUCAAUUGUCAAUUAUGACUGAAACAAAUAUUCGAAUGGAGAAAAAGUUUGAAGAAAUGGAUUUGCAUAGGAAACACGAUGCAGAAGUCUUAGAGCUACUACAGAAGACUAUGAAAAAUACGCUAUAUUCAAUACGUGAGGUAAUGGAGAUUAUGGUGAAUCCUCUGUGUGAGUUAGCGAAAAUACAAGGAAAAAGAAAACAUCUACCUUUUACAAGUAUUCUGGAAGAGUUACAAGCUGGUACAAGUAAUAGAUUAUCGAAGCAAGUUCUCUACGUGCAAAAAGAAGGCCAAACAAGCAAAGAUAGAAUCUCAUCAGCUGGCCAAGCAAUACAAUUACUCAAUGAAAGUGAUUUCAACUCUCAAGCCAAUAGCUAA